GAAAUAAAAUAUGUAUAGAAAUGUAUUAAGAGUUGUGCUGUUCUUGAAUUAAAUUCCCUUUAAAGUUCAUUUUAAAUGUAAAAUCAACAAAUUAAUUUGAGGUGAAAUUUAAAAGAUUACCAUGCUGAGACUUCGAAUGCCGUCCCAAUUAAAAAGAAAAAUUAUAAUUUUUAAUGAAUUAAAUUAUAAAAUACUGCUUAGCAGAUUAUAGGCUAUAUGCGAAAACAACAUUAAUUCUGUGAUAUUUUCAUUUGUUGAUUUUAGCCGUCCAACACAGUGAAAAUAGUUACAGAUACAAAUAGAAUUCGCUGGAGAUAAAUUAAUAAAAAUACAUCUUGGGCUAUAAGCACUCGUGAAAAAAAAUAUUAAAUCCCAAACUAGUUUUUUGUGUUUAUCUGAAGCUUUAAAAAAAUACUAAUUUGUAACGAUAUUUGUUGCUUUUCUACACUAAAAUGACAACGUCACAAGUUGAUUUGCACACAAACACAAAUCCGGCCAAUGCCGCCGUUGGCGAAUUCAGUGGAGGCAGUAUCGGUAACAAUGGAACUAUCGACGAAGGCGUACUUAACGGAGUAAAUGUUAGCAAUGGCAAUAGUAAAAAUGCCAACAAUAAACAAAAUAAUAACAGAUUUACUAACAACGGCAGUGCUGCAAAUAUCCAUCCAAAGAUUUCAGAUACUGGCAAACGUAAAAAAUUAAAAUCACGUAAUAUAACCGUACCUAGUACGGGUUACUCCAAGGACCAUUUGGAUGCUUGGCUAGAAACGUGUCUAAAAGACGCUUCAAAUACACAAUUAUCUUCAUCGUCCGAGUUCUUAGAUUAUAAUCCCACAACAGCAACCGUGACUAAUAUAGCAGCUAGCAAAAAUCCUUCCAUGAGUCAGCAACAGCAACAGCAACAACAACAUCAGCAACAACAACAACAACAAAAUAUUACACAAAUGCAUACAGGAGCUGCUAAUAUGAAUAAUUUCAAUAUAAAUUCAAUGCAUUCCCAACAACAGUUCGCCAUGCGAAACAGUAGCUCACAACCCUCCAUGGCGUAUCCUUCAGCAUUUACUUCACCUUUUAGUCAUAGCUUCCAACGUAAUGUGCCAAAUUUCAAUAAACAAUCCAAUUCCUUUUACAAUCGCUAUUCAAUGAUGUUUCCGAAUAGCAGUGGUUUUUAUCCCAUCAAUGAUGGUGCACAGGACUUCGCCAGCUUACCACCAAUUGUAAAUAUGCUUGGUAAUUCAUCGGAACAUGAAAAUAAUUCCACAGAUGUUUUGGAUGGCAGUGGCAGUAAUCCAAAUAUAAGUCGAGGUUUCAGGUUCAGUGAUCCCUGCUUGUUGAAUCCUUCAGAUAAUGAUUCCAAAGUUAGUGGCCAAAAUACGCCAAAUCGUCGAAAUCACAACACAACCGAAAUUGAAAAUAAUAAAUUCUUUGCUGCUUUAAUGGAACAAAUUAAUUUGCUUCACGAAACGAAUUCCAAAAUCUGUCGAAAUCUACAUGAGACAAAAGUUGAUAUUGAAGCUUUAAAGCACGCUCCCAAUUGGGGUUUAAGACACCGUAGAGAUAGUUUGAGUGGAUUAAGCACCCACAGUCAACCAAUGAUAUUUGGCGGUGGAUUUGGUACACAAAGUCCAGCGCCAACUUAUCACUCAGGCGCUUAUACACCCGGCAUGAUGACUGAUGUUGUGCGUGAGGUUAAGGAGGCUGCACGUGUGCGUGAAGAUGCGUUAUUAAAUAGAGUAAAAGCUUUAGUCGAAGAACGUCAGUGGUCAUUGAACGAGUCUAAUUUACGUGUUAUGCGUGACAUUGAAGAUUUGAAGUCACAAGUCCAACAUUUACGUGCGGAGCGUAAAGAAUCUAAUAAACGUAUAAAUCAUCUUGAAACUGAAAAUAAAUAUAUGCGUCAAAUGCUUGGUACAAUAUUUAAUAAUCGCAAUGCGCCUGAUAUCAUAUAUGAAAAUGAAACUUUACGUAUGCGUAAAUCAUAUGCACAAGCGCAUAAUCGUCGCACACAACCAUUACAUUUAAAUUAUGGCACUAUACAUCAUCAGCCAGCAUCAUCAUUAUCCGUUGAAGAACAAGAUGAACCAUUGCAUAUACAUGAAACUCCAUCAACCACUUCCACAACCGAUAUUGCUUCUGUUAACACACAACGUCCACAAGAUAUGCGCAAUUCAUUUUCAAGCACUGAUAGUGGCGGUGGCGGUGGUGGUGGUGUUGGUAGUGCUGGAACAAGUCUACAUAAUGGUAGCGUUGGUACCAACAAAGGACAAGCUUUAUCGCCACCAAAUUUCGCUUUAGUUACAACACCAGUUGAAGAUACAAAACGAAAAAAAGAUAAAUCAAAAUCAACCAAAUCGAAUAAUAAAGAGACGUCAUCUGCACAAAUGCAUAGCAAUUCCACCACAUCAGCGGCUGCAACUCAAGAAUUACAAAGAGAAUUAAAUGUGGCCGUAGCUGCACGCAAAGAAGCCGAUGAUCGCAUUAUUGCACUUGAAAAAUUGGUUAAAAAUAUGCGUGUUAAUUCCAUUCACAACAUAGAUGGUUCCUCGAAUAUAGCAAAUGGUGAUGGUAGCAAAAUGGGUGUUGGUCUUAACACUUCAAAUGCUGGAGGUACAGUGUCACAGCCAAUGAAGUGGCAACAUACGUCACCACUUAACACAAACGCAUUUACGCAAAUUAAUAACAAACAUUCUUCACAAGCAUUCGCCAAUCCAACGCAGUCUCCAACUAAAGUGGCUGUUGCGGGACCCAUAACCGAUUUAUAGUGCUAGCACAGAAUCUCAAAGCGCAGCUUACGCAUAACUCAUUUUUAAUUAAAUACGAACAAAAAUUAAUUUUAUUUAAAAAUUUAUUUAAAAAUUACUCGAAAUUUGUUAAGCCAUUCUGCAGUACUAAACUAAAAUUUAUUGUUAUUAUUAAUAUU